AUGACGACAACAAUACGGUCAUUGAGACCAGCUGCCGGGCUCAUCCAAACCACAUCGCGACGCAUACCAAGCAGAUCACAGUCUAUACCGCGCAUACAACGCUCCACACCAAGCGCAUCGCGACCCAUCUCAGCCACUACCAGCACCCCAAUCGGCCCACCCUUGAACAUUCCCAAAUGGGUCUCGGAAAACGCACACAUGCUCAAGCCCCCAAUAAACAACUACUGCGUCUACAACGACUCGGUAACCGUCAUGAUUGUCGGCGGCCCCAACCAACGCACAGACUACCACAUCAACGAAACCCCCGAAUGGUUCUACCAAUACAAAGGCUCCAUGCUCCUCAAAAUCGUCGAUGAAACACAGGCCCCCGGCAGCCAGUUCUGCGACAUCCACAUUCACGAGGGCGACAUGUUUCUUUUACCACCAAACACGCCGCAUAACCCCGUCAGGUUCAAGGAUACGGUGGGCGUGGUGCUGGAGCAGAAGAGGCCGGAGGGGAGUUUGGAUCGCCUGAGGUGGUAUUGUCAGGAGUGUGGGGACAAGGUGUAUGAGGAGGCUUUUCACUGUACGGAUUUGGGCACGCAGAUUAAGGAGGCGGUGAAUGCGUUUAAAGCGGAUGUGGGCAAGAGGACGUGUAGGAAUUGUGGGACUGUGUGCGAUACGGCGCCUAAAUCAAAGGAUUGA